GACGUUGGAGCCUUCGGAUUGUCCAUUUCGUUGGAGCAGAGAAAAUAAGCCAUGAACAUUUUACAAAUUUUGGAUCAACUUUUACAAUAUUUCCACAAAAUUUUAAUCUACUUGAACGCCAUUUUCAGCCUGAUGGCAUCAUCGGCAUACGUUUUUUAUUCUGUUUAUGUUGAAAGGGGAACGAAACCAGAUGAUUCAAUGCUUUUCAAAACGAUUCUGCUGAUGGUCACUUCAACGGCAUUUUUAUACAAUCAAAUUUUAGGCGCUUCUUGUAUGUGCAGAACGAAUGGUGAUCUAUACUUCUUUAUAAUGAAUGGGCUUUUUUAUCUUCAAUGGAAAUGGAUAGGUCAGGAAGCAACGGUUAAGGAACAACAACAAAUCAAUACGCAUUACAGCAUAUAAAUAUUCACAUAUACAUUACGUGCAUCAAACCUGUUCUUGUUAUUAUAAUAGAACUUCGAACUAAU